CUCCGAGGCACUUCCUAGAGCUUUGUCCUAACUACCGGUGGGGUCGAGCGGAGACGCAGGCUAGCCAGGCCUAAGAGGUCUCCUCCUAGAUCUAAGGGGCCCCGAGUGGCUUCUCCAGCCGCAGAACUCCUUGCUGUGGAGUCGAGUGGUGGCGGUGGAGGGACAGUUUGUUUUGAGCACCGAGUGAGGCGCACCCGGAAGUGGCUCCGUACAGGAGCUGCGCCGCUGCUUGGGGCGGGGGCCAGGUACCCGGAGGUGGAGGGGACGCCACGGUACUCUUUGGCCUUCUGACUUUGACUCCUCUGCGCCUUAAAAGAUGCUGGAGUCAUAUGUUACUCCAAUUUUAAUGAGCUACGUGAAUCGCUACAUCAAGAACUUAAAGCCAUCAGAUCUACAGCUUUCACUAUGGGGUGGAGACGUGGUUCUCAGCAAGCUCGAGUUAAAGUUGGAUGUGCUGGAACAGGAAUUGAAAUUACCAUUCACCUUUUUAAGUGGACAUAUUCAUGAGUUGAGGAUCCAUGUACCUUGGACAAAACUGGGUUCGGAAGCAGUGGUAAUUACCAUCAAUACAAUGGAAUGUAUUUUGAAACUUAAAGAUGGAAUACAGGAUGACCAUGAAAGCUGUGGUUCUAAUUCUACCAACCGUAGUACUACAGAGAACACGAAAUCAUCAGUAAAACCCCGAAGAAUUCAGCAGGCUGCUCCCACAGAUCCUGAUUUACCACCAGGUUAUGUGCAGAGUCUGAUUAGAAGAGUUGUAAAUAAUGUAAAUAUUGUUAUAAAUAAUCUCAUAUUAAAAUACGUUGAAGAUGAUAUUGUUCUUUCAGUCAACAUCACUUCUGCAGAAUGCUAUACAGUCGGUGAAUUAUGGGAUCGUGCAUUUAUGGAUAUUUCUGCAACUGAUCUGGUGCUGAGAAAGGUUAUCAAUUUUUCCGACUGUACAGUUUGCCUUGAUAAACGAAAUGCUAGUGGUAAAAUAGAAUUUUACCAAGAUCCUUUAUUGUACAAAUGUUCCUUCAGAACUCGUCUGCAUUUUACGUAUGAUAACCUAAAUUCCAAGAUGCCGUCUGUUAUUAAAAUUCAUACAUUAGUAGAGAGUUUGAAACUUUCUAUCACAGAUCAACAGCUGCCUAUGUUUAUCCGUAUUAUGCAGCUUGGGAUUGCUCUUUACUAUGGUGAAAUAGGCAACUGUAAAGAUGGAGAAACAGAAGAUCCUCCCUGUCACAAUAAAGAUAUGUUAGGAAACAUUACAGGUGCUGAAGAUGAAACAAGAAUAGAUAUGCAGUAUCCUUCUCAGUACAAAGGACAAGAGCUAUAUUCACAGCAAGAGGAUGAGCAGCCACAGGGAUGGGUAUCAUGGGCCUGGUCAUUUGUGCCUGCAAUUGUGAGUUAUGAUGAUGGUGAGGAAGACCACCUUGGGAAUGAUCCUACAUCAACCACACAUCAGCAAAAAGCACAGACGUUGAAGGAUCCUAUUGUUUCUAUAGGAUUUUAUUGUACAAAGGCAACUGUGACUUUCAAACUUACUGAAAUGCAAGCUGAGAGUAGUUAUUACAGCCCUCAGAAAGUCAAAUCUAAAGAAGUAUUGUGUUGGGAACAAGAAGGAACUACAGUUGAGGCCCUUAUGAUGGGAGAGCCUUUCUUUGAUUGCCAGAUUGGUUUUGUAGGUUGCAGAGCCAUGUGCCUUAAAGGAAUUAUGGGUGUCAAAGAUUUUGAAGAGAAUAUGAGUCGAAGUGAAACUGAAGCCUGUUUCUUCAUUUGUGGUGAAAAUUUGAGUAUGAAAGGUUUGACAUACCUUACAAAUUCGUUGUUUGAUUACCGAAGCCCAGAAAAUAAUGGUACUCGUGCAGAAUUUAUCUUGGAUGCAGCUCAUCAUAAGGAGACAUACACUGAGAUAGCUGGAAUGCAGAGGUUUGGGGCUUUUUAUAUGGAUUACUUGUAUACGAUGGAGAAUAACGGUUGCAAAGGUUCUGCAAAUCAACAAGACUUUUCUUCAGGGAAAAGUGAAGAUUUAGGAACCGUUCAGGAGAGGUCUACCAAAAGCCUUGUUAUAGGUCCUCUUGAUUUUCGCUUGGAUAGCAGUGCAGUACACAGAAUUUUGAAAAUGAUUGUUUGUGCCUUGGAACAUGAAUAUGAACCAUAUAGCAGGCUAAAACCAGAUAUUAAGUAUGAAAAUGAAACAAUACUGAAUCCUGAAGAAGUGGCAUCUUUGGAGGAAUAUAUUCCUACUCGACAUACAAGUGUUACUCUCCUUAAAUGCACCUGCACGAUUUUCAUGGCUGAGUUCAACUUGCUAGAUCAUUUGCUACCUGUCAUUAUGGGAGAUAAGAAUUCAAGUAACUUCAUGAAUACUACAAACUUCCAGUCUCUUCGGCCUUUGCCAUCUAUUCAGAUAUUGGUGGAUAAAAUUAAUCUGGAACAUUCUGUUCCAAUGUAUGCUGAACAGUUGGUGCGUGUGGUCAGCAGCCUUACUCAACCUUCUGAUAAUCUGCUUCAUUAUUGCUAUGCACACUGCUACCUUAAGAUAUUUGGUUUCCAGGCAGGACUGACGUCUUUGGAUUGUAGGGGAUCUUACUCCUUACCUGUCCCGAUUAUUCCCUCUUUCAGCACUGCUCUUUAUGGUAAACUUCUGAAACUACCCGCAUGCUGGACCAAAAGAUCUCAGAUUUCUGUAACUGAGGGUAUAUUUGAACUUCCAAAUCUCACAAUUCAAGCUACAAGAGCACAGACGCUUCUGCUGCAAGCAAUAUGUCAAAGUUGGUCUCAUAUUGGAAAUGUCAGCUCUUCAGCAGUGAAUGAAGCUUUGAUGAAUGAAGUUUUCCAAACUGUAGGUGUGAAAUCUAAGAAUCCGCUGCCAACUCUUGAGGGCUCAGUCCAGAACGUGGAGCUGAAGUACUGCAGCACGUCGUUGGUCAGAUGUGCCUCUGGGACCCUGGGAUCAAUAAAAAUUGGUGCCAAAGCCCCAGGUGAUAGUGGAAAAGAGAAGUUGAUUCCAUUGCUUCAGGGUCCCUCUGACACUAAAGAUCUUCAUAGCAGCAAGUGGCUCAAUGAGAGUAGAAAGCCAGAAUCUCUCUUAGCUCCAGAUUUGUUAGCCUUCACAGUCCAAGUUCCACAGUAUAUGGACUACUGCCACAAUUCCGGUGCCGUACUUCUUUGUAGUGUACAAGGACUAGCAGUUAAUAUUGAUCCAGUCUUAUACACUUGGCUCAUUUAUCAGCCUCAGAAACGAACCAAUAGACAUAUGCAGCAGCAGCCUGUGAUAGCUGUUCCUCUUGUGAUGCCAAUUAGCAGAAGGAAAGACGAUGAGGUGUCCAUUGGAAGUGCACCCUUGGCAAAGCAACAGUCAUAUCAGGCCUCUGAAUAUGCCAGCAGCCCUGUAAAAACAAAAACAGUAACAGAAUCCAGACCAUUGUCAGUUCCUGUUAAAGCCAUGCUGAAUAUAUCUGAAGGAGGUAGAAGUCCUGAAGAAAGAAUGAAAGAAUUUAUUGGAGUAAUAUGGAAUGCGGUAAAGAGUCUCACACUGCAGCUUGAAGUACAAUCUUGUUGUGUCUUCAUUCCAAACAAUAGCCUGCCUUCCCCGAGUACAAUUGUAUCUGGUGACAUUCCUGGAACAGUGAGAAGCUGGUACCACGGACAAACCAGCAUGCCAGGAACACUUGUCCUCUGUUUGCCUCAAAUAAAGAUUAUUAGUGCUGGCCACAAGUAUAUGGAACCCCUGCAGGAGAUUCCUUUUGUCAUCCCACGACCCAUUCUUGAAGAAGGUGAUGCUUUUCCUUGGACUGUCAGCUUGCAUCAUUUCAGCGUAUAUACCCUUUUUGGAAAACAGGUGACACUUUGCCUAGUGGAACCUAUGGGUUGCACCUCUACACUAGCUGUUACCUCUCAAAAACUACUUGCUACAGGACCUGAUACAAGACAUUCAUUUGUUGUUUGCCUCCAUGUUGACCUGGAGUCACUUGAGAUAAAAUGCUCGAACCCGCAGGUGCAGCUCUUAUAUGAACUAACUGAUAACAUGAAUAAGGUCUGGAAUAAGAUUCAGAAGAGAGGCAGUCUCAGUCCUUCAGCCUAUCCAGAGGCCUUGGCAGGGCCUAUCCCUGGUUCUCCGGUUAGAAGCAGUGUCGGCACAGCUCCUCCAGACACCAGCACAUGCAGCCCAUCUGCUGACAUUGGAACUACGACUGAGGGAGAUUCUGUACAAGCAGGUGAUGAUUCACCAUUCUCAGAUUCUGUUACCUUGGAACAAACUACAAGUAACAUUGGUGGAUCCAGUGGACGUGUUAGUCUGUGGAUGCAGUGGGUGCUCCCCAAAAUUACUAUAAAGCUCUUUGCUCCAGAUCCUGAAAAUAAAGGCACAGAGCUUUGUAUGGUCAGUGAACUAGAAGAUCUCAGUGCAUCCAUAGAUGUCCAGGAUGUGUAUACCAAAGUGAAAUGUAAAGUAGAAAGUUUCAAUAUUGAUCACUAUAGAAGCAGCCUUGGGGAAGAGUGUUGGUCUCUGGGGCAAUGUGGAGGUGUCUUCCUUUCCUGUACUGACAAGCUGAACAGACGCACCUUGUUGGUUCGACCCAUCAGCAAGCAGGACCCUUUCAGUAAUUGCUCUGGCUUCUUUCCUUCUACAACUGCAAAACUUCUAGAUGGCGCUCAUCAGCAGCAUGGAUUUCUCUCUUUGACAUAUACAAAAGCCGUAACAAAAAAUGUCCGCCACAAGUUAAUAUCAAGAAAUGAACGAAGAAGUUUUCAUAAGUUAUCUGAGAGUUUAAUGGAUGGUUCCCCUCAUUUUCUUCAUGAAAUUCUUCUUUCAGCACAAGCUUUUGAUAUUGUCCUUUGUUUUCCUUUACUUAAUGCCAUUGCAAGUAUAUUUCAAGCAAAACUACCAAGGACCCAAAAGGAGAAAACAAAAUCUCCUGGUCAGCCCAUGAGGACCCAUACACUGACUUCACGCAAUUUACCCUUGAUUUAUAUCAACACAAGCAUAAUCAGAAUUUUUGUUCCAAAAACAGAAGAAAUGCAGCCAAGUAUUGAAGUUAAUCAGGCAGCAAAAGAAGACACCAUGGUUUUGAAGAUUGGCUCUGUUGCUAUGGCUCCCCAGGCUGACAAUCCCCUCGGCAGAUCUGUCCUCAGGAAAGAUAUUUACCAGAGAGCCUUGAACCUAGGAAUUCUUCGAGACCCUGGAUCAGAAAUUGAAGAUAGACAAUACCAAAUAGACCUGCAGUCCAUCAAUAUUGGUACUGCACAAUGGGAUCAACUAAAACCAGAGAAGGAAAGUGGCACAGGAGGGGUGCUAACAGAGAGUGAAAGAAAUUCUCAAAAUCCAGCCCUUGAAUGGAAUAUGGCCAGCAGCAUACGGCGACAUCAAGAAAGAAGAGCAAUUUUGACUCCCAUUUUAACAGAUUUUUCUGUCCGAAUAACUGGAGCACCUGCCAUCACUUUCACCAAAAUAAUUUCUCCAGAAAAUCUGCAGACUGAGGAGAUUUUAGUGUGUGGCCAUUCCUUGGAAGUGAAUAUAACCACAAACCUGGACUUCUUCCUAAGUGUGGCUCAAGUUCAACUCUUACAUCAGUUAAUAGUAGCAAACAUGACUGGACUGGAACCAUCAAGCAAGGCCACAGAGAUUUCUAAGCAAGAACAGAAAAAAAUGGAUACGUUUGAUGGAAGCAUGGCUGAAACCUCAUCUCGGUACAGUGGUGCUCAAGAUAGUGGAAUUGGCAGUGACAGCGUUAAAAUCAGAAUAGUGCAAAUAGAGCAGCACAGUGGUACCAGUCAGCAUCGCAUUGCCCGUCCUUCACGCCAAUCAUCAAUUGUAAAAAAUCUGAAUUUUAUUCCUUUUGACAUAUUUAUUACUGCAAGUAGAAUCUCACUAAUGACCUAUUCCUGUACAGCCUUGCCCAAGUCGAAAUCACAAGAACAGAAGGAUAACGAAAAAAUAGGCAAGAGUUCGUUAAAUCUCCCAGAAGUUGAUGCAGAUGUUGCUAAGCCCAGCCAGGCAUGUAUUUCCACGGUAACAGCAGAAGAUCUCUUAAGCAGUAGCGUAUCUUUUCCUUCAGGGAAAAAAUUAGGGGUCAUCUCUCUUCAAAGUCUUCAUGCAUCCACAAGGUCAUCUGCUAGACAAGCACUUGGUAUAACGAUUGUUCGGCAGCCUGGACGAAGAGGAACUGGUGACUUGCAGCUAGAACCGUUUUUGUACUUUAUUGUGUCCCAACCUUCUUUGCUUCUGAGUUGUCAUCACAGAAAGCAACGAGUGGAAAUAUCCAUUUUUGAUGCUGUGCUUAAAGGGGUCGCCUCUGACUACAAAUGCACAGAUCCUGGGAAGACUCUGCCUGAAGCCCUUGAUUACUGCACAGUUUGGCUGCAGACGGUGCCUGGAGAAAUAGACAGCAAAAGUGGUAUUCCACCUUCCCUUGUAAUGCUACAAAUUAAAGACUUUCUUAAUGGACCAGCAGACAUCAACUUGGAUAUAUCAAAGCCUUUGAAAGCAAACCUGAGUUUUACUAAGCUGGAUCAGAUAAACCAUUUUUUAAAAAAGAUAAAAAGUGUACACAACAAAGAGACUUCGGCCCUGUCAUACACCAUGCUGAAUAAGGAUGAGUUACCAGCCUCCAAAUGUUACCGUGGAAAGUUGUCUAAACCUAAAGUUCAUGGUGAUGGAGCACAAAAGAUUCCAUUUCAAGAAAACGUGUGGAGAACUGUUUCCUGCUUUCAAAAAAUUUCUGUCCAUACUACUCAGAUUGUGGUCUCCAUGGAAACUGUCCCUCAUCCUAAUAAACCAUGCCUGUUAGCAUCUUUAUCAACCCUCCAUGGAAGCCUUAACGUCAAAGCAGCACAGAAAGUACCUGGCAUAAUUCUUGGGUCAUCAUUUCUACUCAGCAUAAAUGAUUUUCUCCUUAAAACAAGUCUCAAAGAAAGAAGUCGAAUUCUCCUAGGACCAUGUUGUGCUACUGCCAAUCUGGAAGCUAAAUGGUGUAAACACAGUGGCAAUCCAGGCCCAGAACAGUCCAUACCAAAAAUAUCCAUCGAUUUAAGAGGAGGUCUGCUACAGGUUUUCUGGGGUCAAGAACAUUUGAAUUGUUUAGUUCUUCUACAUGAAUUACUCAGUGGAUACCUUAAUGAAGAGCAAAACUUUGAAGUACAAACUUGUGAAGCAGUGCCACAAAUGCCAUCUCCUAUGGAAAAGACUCUGACGUUUAAAAGUGAGCAAAGCUCAGAUGACCUACGGACAGGUCUAUUUCAGUAUAUACAAGAUGCUGAACCUUUGAAAAUGCCUGGUGUCUAUGAAGUUUUGUUUUACAAUGAAACUGAAGAUAGCCCAGGGAUGAUGUUAUGGAGAUAUCCAGAACCAAGAGUGCUCACCCUUGUACGAAUAACUCCGGUGCCCUUCAACACCACAGAAGAUCCAGAUAUUAGCACAGCAGACCUUGGUGAUAUGCUACAGAUUCCUUGUAGUUUGGAAUACUGGGAUGAACUCCAGAAGAUUUUUGUUGCAUUUCAAGAAUUUAGUCUGUCUGAAAGUAAAGUUUGUGAACUGCAAUUGCCAGAUGUCAAUCUUGUGAAUGACCAGAAGAAACUAGUAUCCUCGGAUCUUUGGAGAAUUGUCUUGAACAGCAGUCAAAAUGGAGCUGAUGACCAAAGUUCUGCAAGUGAAUCUGGUUCUCAAAGCGCUUGUGACCAACUUGUAACUCCCACAGCCCUGGCUGCCUGUACCAGAGUCGACUCCUGUUUUACCCCAUGGUUUGUCCCAUCUCUUUGCAUUUCCUUCCAGUUUGCUCACCUGGAGUUUCAUCUUUGUCAUCACCUUGACCAACUAGGCACAGCUCCACCGCAACACCUACAGCCAUUUAUUUCUGAUAAAAAUAUGCCAUCUGAACUGGAAUACAUGAUUAUUUCCUUCAGAGAACCACACAUGUAUCUUCGACAGUGGAAUAAUAGUUCUGUCUGUCAGGAGAUCCGAUUCUCAGCUCAAGCAGACUGUAAACUUCUGGAAUGCAGAAAUCUUACAAUGCAAAGCAUGGUGAAACCCUUCAGCAUCUUUGGACAGAUUGCGGUUUCCAGCGAUGCAGUAGAAAAGCUGCUUGACUGCACCAUCAUGGUUGAGUCUGUAUUUGUAAACUUUGGGCAACACGUAGUUCAUUCUCUAAACACUGCAAUACAAGCUUGGCAACAGAACAAAUGCCCUGAGGUAGAGGAGUUGGUCUUCAGCCAUUUUGUGAUCUGUAAUGACACACAGGAGACACUGCGGUUUGGCCAGGUGGAUACUGAUGAAAAUAUUCUGCUGGCGAGUCUCCACGGUCACCAGUACAGCUGGCGCUCGCACAAAUCCCCACAGCUGUUACACAUCUGUAUUGAAGGUUGGGGCAACUGGCGUUGGUCAGAGCCCUUCAGUGUGGACCAUGCUGGGACUUUUAUUAGAACUAUUCAAUACAAGGGUCGAACUGCUUCACUCAUCAUCAAGGUUCAGCAACUCAGUGGAGUGCAAAAACAGAUUAUCAUUUGUGGAAGACAGAUCAUCUGUAGUUACUUGUCUCAAAGCAUAGAACUAAAAGUUGUUCAGCAUUACUUUGGUCAAGAUGGACAAGCUGUGGUUCGAGAACAUUUUGACUGCCUCACAGCCAAACAGAAAUUGCCUUCAUACAUACUAGAAAACAGUGAACUGACAGAGUUGUGUGUGAAGGCCAAAGGAGAUGAAGAUUGGUCAAGAGACGUGUGCCUGGAAUCCAAAGCCCCUGAGUAUAGCAUUGUCAUUCAGGUGCCAACUUCAAACAGUUCCAUUAUUUAUGUCUGGUGCACAGUUUUGACUUUAGAACCCAACUCUCAAGUGCAACAACGAAUGAUUGUGUUCAGCCCUCUUUUUAUCAUGAGGAGUCAUCUUCCAGACCCCAUUAUCAUACAUUUGGAGAAAAGGAGUCUGGGAUUGAGUGAAACACAAAUUAUUCCAGGAAAAGGGCAGGAAAAACCACUGCAAAACAUAGAACCUGACCUUGUACAUCACCUGACAUUUCAAGCAAGAGAAGAAGAAGAUCCUUCACAUUGUGCCGUUCCCAUCUCAACAUCCCUCAUUAAGCAAAUAGCCACUAAGAUACAUCCUAGGGGCACAGUUAAUCAGAUCCUGGAUGAAUUCUAUGGGCCGGAAAAGUCCCUUCAACCCAUAUGGCCCUAUAAUAAAAAGGAUUAUGACAGGAAUGAACAGCUGAGUCAGUGGGAUAGCCCAAUGCGAGUGAAGCUGUCAGUCUGGAAGCCAUAUGUUAGAACCUUGUUGAUAGAACUUCUACCCUGGGCCCUGCUUAUCAAUCUGUCCAAGUGGGACCUCUGGCUAUUUGAAGGAGAGAAGAUUGUUCUGCAGGUUCCUGCUGGCAAAAUUAUUAUCCCUCCUAAUUUUCAGGAAGCUUUUCAAAUUGGAAUAUACUGGGCAAAUACCAACACUGUGCACAAGUCAGUAGCAAUUAAACUGGUCCAUAACCUGACAUCUCCAAAGUGGAAAGAUGGAGGUAAUGGUGAAGUUGUGUCAUUGGACGAAGAAGGGUUUGUUGAUGCCGAAAUAAGACUUGGUGCUUUCCCAGGACAUCAGAAGUUGUGUCAAUUCUGCAUUUCCUCCAUGGUACAGCAAGGUAUACAAAUUAUUCAGAUUGAAGACAAGACUACAAUAGUCAAUAAUACUCCAUAUCAAAUAUUUUAUAAACCACAGUUAUCUGUCUCCAAACCCCAUUCUGGAAAGGAGUGUUUUCACGUUCCAGACAGUGCUACUUUCAGCAUUUGCCCCGGUGGUGAGCAGCCUGCUGUGAAAUCCAGCUCCCUUCCUUGCUGGGACUUAAUGCCUGACAUCAGUCAGUCACCACUGGAUGCAUCUCUGCUUCAAAAACAGAUCCUGCUGGCGUUUUCUCCUACUGCAGGUGCCGACAGCUCGCAGUGCUGGAGCCUGCCAGCUAUAGUUAGACAAGAGUUUCCCAGACAGAGUGUGGCAGUGCCCUUCAGGAAUUGUAGGGGAAAUGGAUUCUGUACCAGGGCCAUUGCACUGACAUAUCAAGAACAUUUUGGAGUGAUUUAUUUAACCCUCUCAGAAGACCCUAGUCCUCGAAUAAUUUUCCACAACAGAUGUCCAGUAACAAUACUUAUAAGGGAAAAUAUUAGAGAUAUUCCAAAGUUUGAGGUUUAUUGCAGAAAAAUUCCUUCUGAGUGCUCAAUUCAUCAUGAACUGUAUCAUCAGAUUUCCAGUUAUCCAGACUGCAAGACCAGAGACUUACUUCCUAGCCUCCUUUUGAGAGUAGAAUUGCUGGAUGAAAUAACAACUGAGUGGAGUGAUGCCAUUGACAUCAAUAAUCAGGGAACACAGGUUGUGUUCCUGACUGGCUUUGGCUAUGUAUAUGUGGACAUUGGCCAUCACUGUGGCACAGUCUUCAUCACUGUGGCCCCAGAAGGAAAAGCAGGACCCCUUUUAACCAAUACCAACAGAACUCUGGAGAAGACUGUGACGUUUAAAAUGUUCAUCACUCAGUUGAGCCUGGCAGUGUUUGAUGACCUCACCCACCACAAAGCAUCAUCUGAACUUCUGAGACUCACACUGGAUAAUGUUUUUCUCCAAAUGGCCCCAGUGGCUGGUCACCUCCUUGGGGAAGAGACAGCUGCAGCCCUCUUUCAGCUUUACUGUGUGGAGGUCUACUGUGGGGACCUCCAGUUGGAUAACCAGCUAUAUAACAGGUCCAAUUUCCACUUUGCUGUCUUGGUCUGCCAGGGAGAAAAAACAGAACCUACCCAGUGUUCCAAAAUGCAGAGUCUCCUUAUAUCUAGCAAAGAUUUGGAAGAAUACAAGGAAAACUGUUUUAUCAAACUUCGCCUCACCUUAACUGAGAGCAGGAGCUUAUUUGAUAUUAACGAGUUCAGUUUUGAAUUGAAACCUGCCCGGUUAUACGUGGAAGAUACGUUUGUGUACUACAUCAAAACUUUGUUUGAGACUUACCUUCCUAACAGCAACCCGGCUGGUCACCCCACAGUGCUCUCAGGUGGCAAACAGGUGUUGCCCAUGCAGGUCAGACAGCACGCGAUGGCCUUGGUGAAUCCUGUGAAGUUACGGAAGCUGGUCAUACAGCCGGUGAAUCUCCUCGUGAGCAUCCAUGCUUCCCUCAAGCUGUACAUAGCCUCCGACCACACUCCGCUGUCCUUCUCGGUGUUUGAAAGAGGCCCCAUCUUCACCACGGCCAGGCAGCUCGUCCAUGCCCUGGCGAUGCACUAUGCUGCUGGGGCUCUUUUCAGAGCAGGCUGGGUGGUUGGAUCUCUGGAAAUCCUUGGCAGCCCGGCAAGUCUGGUGCGAAGCAUCGGGAAUGGGAUCGCUGACUUCUUCAGGCUUCCGUAUGAGGGGCUGACGCGAGGCCCGGGAGCCUUUGUGAGUGGCGUUUCCAGAGGGACAACAUCAUUUGUAAAGCACAUUUCCAAAGGUACCCUCACCUCCAUCACCAACUUGGCCACAAGCCUGGCCCGGAACAUGGACCGGCUCUCCCUGGAUGAGGAGCACUACAACCGGCAGGAGGAGUGGCGGCGGCAGCUCCCAGAGAGCCUGGGCGAGGGGCUCCGACAGGGCCUGUCCCGGCUGGGCAUCAGCCUGCUUGGUGCAAUUGCUGGUAUAGUCGAUCAACCAAUGCAGAACUUCCAGAAAACAUCUGAGGCUCAUGCUUCAGCACGACACAAGGCCAAGGGUGUUAUCUCAGGCGUGGGGAAAGGAAUCAUGGGGGUGUUCACAAAGCCCAUCGGAGGAGCUGCUGAGUUUGUGUCACAGACUGGCUACGGUAUUCUACACGGAGCCGGACUUUCUCAGCUUCCUAAACAGCGCUAUCAGCCAAGUGAUCUACCUGCUGACCAGGCUCUGAAUGGCCAUGUCAAAUAUGUCUGGAAAAUGCUACAGUCUCUGGGCAGACCAGAAGUCCACAUGGCCCUGGAUGUGGUUCUGGUGAGGGGCUCAGGCCAGGAGCACGAAGGGUGCUUGCUGCUGACAUCGGAAGUGCUCUUCGUGGUGAGUGUCAGCGAGGAUACACAGCAGCAGGCCUUUCCCAUCACGGAGAUCGACUGUGCCCAGGACAGCAAGCAAAACAACCUGCUCAUCGUACAGCUCAAGCAGCCAAGAGUGGCAUGUGAUGUGGAGGUGGAUGGAGCCCGAGAGAGACUGUCAGAACAACAGUACAACAGACUUGUAGACUACGUCACAAAGACAUCAUGUCACCUGGCCCCCAGCUGUUCCUCCAUGCAGACACCAUGUCCUGUGGUGGCUGUGGAACCUCUCCCCUCCACCAUGAAAACAUACCAUUACAUGGUUGAUCCACAUUUUGCUCAAGUCUUCAUCAGUAAAUUUACCAUGGUGAAAAAUAAAGCCCUGAGGAAAGGGUUCCCUUGAGUCCCCUCUAAGGUAUUGAUUCCUGCUUGUGCAAUUUAUUUUUGAAAGAGAAACCUAACUAGUUCUAACAUGUAAUAUGGACGCAAGGCCAACACUUAUCUACAGCUGUAGGUAGAGUAAUUUUCUAGCCUCUUCUAAAAUUCAGAUUCUUCCUUCUCCCUGAAACUAAGGAGAUAAUUUAUAACGGAGUGAUUAAAAACUUGUUCCUUUCCCAUUUGGGGACAAUGGUUAAUAGAAUCCUAUAUGUUGUAGUCUUCUCACACAUAGAAAAUGCAUUCCUUUUGGCUCUAUAUUUGCUAACAUUUCAACUACAAUUAGGAUCCGUUAACUCUCUGCUCUAAUGCAAAAUGUGGUCAAGACCUUAGAAUAGAGAGACAGAUUAAAACUUCAUUCCCAGAUAUAUCUGUUUUCAGGCUAAGACAUCAUCUUUCCAGUAAUACCCUUGUCUGCAAAGGUUCAGAUUCUUUAAAUGAAAUUAAAUGUUUACGAUUUUGUUGUUUUUAACCUAUUGAAUUUGUUACUUUAAUGUGAUGCUGUUCUUUAAGUGAAAGCUGCUAUGUAUAUUCAUAGUUUAAAGUCUGCGUUUUACUGAAAAUUUACAGGACAUUCUGAUGACUGUUCAUGUACACGCUGGAAAAAUGUUUUUCCAGUUUAGGCUUUAUUAGGCAAGCUUGGAGUAAAUCUUUUGUGUCUGCUGAUGAAAACAAACCCAAAGAGCUCAGGUGAGUUUCUUUAGUUUCAUAAACAAAACAAACACUACUAGGAACUCACUUUGACACUCCCUCGUGGAAGGGGUAGAGCAGAAUUCAUACUGCCCUGGUGCACUGGAGGGGAGUCAAGAACCCCAGCAUUGAUCUUAAGAGUGAACCCGUCCGAAUACUUUUUUUGGCUGAAUUGACUUGAUAAAGUACAAACAUACUCCCAGUGUCUGAUAUAAUUUUGCAUUUAAGGAUGGGUUUGGCUUAACACCCUGGGUCACCAGAUAUCAUCCUUAAUAUUCAGUAAAUGUCUCCUCAUACUCCUAUUAAAACACAUUUUUACUGAUUACAUCCAAACUUGGGCCUGCAACCUAUAACUAACCUACAAUUGUGAGAUGCUAAGAAAAUUCAUUUCACAUGCCCACUGAUCUUUAUGCCUCACAUGUCAUUGGGUAUAAGAAGUCUCUGCAUAAUUGUUUCUGGAAAGCAAGACUUAAUGGACAACUCAGGCUGAAUAUGAAGAAAUGGUUCCUCCAUUAGUUUGUUGUGUCAUACUCAUUUAGGAAAGUGACAGUUUUGUCAACUAACCUCAAGAGUAACUACUUUUAAGAAUGUAAAUAUGUACUAAUUCUUCUUUUAUGGCAAUUUUGCAUACUACUUCUAAGAAUUAUUAUUAUAUAAAACUGCUUAAAAUAAAAGAAAUUCUUAAAUUAUCACACAUAAACGUGUAUUGUCACCAAGGGUUUUUAAAUGCAGUUUUUCAGUGAUACCUGAGUGUAAUACAGCUGACAUUAUUUACUGGGACUCAAGAAUUUUGCACGAGUUAAAAAGGGUAAGAAACAGCUUUUGUUAUCCUAAUAAUAAAGUGACAAUCAGUGAUUAAA